UCACCGCCGUCUCUCGCCGCCCCCGGCGCACAUCGCCCGAGACUGGCAGGACCUUGCAGCCCGCGGCCCCGUUCUCCCCGCCGCCCUGAGCGGCCCCGCCGCCCCGCUGCAGGUAACCCCCGGCUCCGCAUAGCCCCGGCGAUGCGAGAGCUUUGCGCGUAUCGGGGCAAACCCCGCCUCUUCACCGUGCUUCCUUCGUCCCCAGGGCCCGUGCCUGCAGGAUGAGCCCGAGUUCGAUUUCCAGGAGCUCAGAGAUGCCGUCGAUGAUUUUAUAUCUGGCAAGUAGAUGUCCGUCCUCGCCUGGCCAGAUGUGGAGUAACACAGUAUCUGGGUGCUGCGUUCGGUCUUCGGUUUUUGCUUUCUUGGGUGUUUGGAUGCUCGUGACAGUCGACACGGCAGCGCGUCCCCUUAGGGGUAGAACUGAAACCCAGGUGGGGCCAGGGUGCGCAGCAGGGACACGGCCACUGGGGGAUGCUCAGAACGGGGAUGGUGAGUCAGGGUCUGCACCCCCAGCCCUGUGCCAUCACCCUCGGGAUUUUCUCUCCAGAUGCCUCCACCUGGGCGUCCCCGCCGCUCGACUGCGCUGACUUCGACUUGUCCCUCGGCGAGGACGUGGCCUUUGGCACCUGUGCGGAGUUCCCGCAGCCCCCGGAGUCAUCGCAGCCGUGCUGGCGGGUCGCGGCCGAACGGCACCGGCAGGCGCUGGGGGAUGCCCUGGAGGAAAACAGCCAGCUGCAGGAGGCGCUGGCGCAGAGGCAGGAGGAACUGGCGACGCUACGGGAGAGCAACGUGCAGCUGAAGGAGCUGGCGAGCCAGGCCCGGCAGCUGGCCGCAGUGCUCGACAAGCUGAUGCUCCCGCAGCGCCCCGACGGCGCGACUCUUCCUCUUCCCGCUCCUCCUCCUCCCGCCGGGAGCUGCGGGGGCGCGGAGGCGGCGGGCGUGGGCGGCAUGCUGCGCGCGGUGUCGGCGCAGUGCCGCGCGGCUCUGCGCAGCCUGGCGGGCAGUCCCGCCGCGAAGCGCCCGCGCCUGCACGGCGCCUUCCGCGGGCUGCGCACGGCGCGCGCGGCCGUCCCGCGGAGCCCCGGCGGCGCGGAGCUGGAAGGCGGCGGCAGCCUCAGGGCGGCCCUCGGCGAGCAAGGCGGCAUCCGCACGUUGGCCUUCCCGCAGGGCAACGCCUUCACCCUGCGCACCGCCGGCGGAGGGUACCGCUUCCGAUGGGUGCCGCGCUGAGAGCCCGCGGGGUGCCUCCCCCGGCAGCGCUGCUCUCUGGGACGACGAGAACGGACGAAUUUUCCGACGCCCGAGGCCGGCGGGGGGCUUUUUGCUGCGGAAGGGGCGGGAGGAGAGAGCGCUGUGCACGCACGUGGCCGAGCGGCGAGGCGGCUGCCGGCCCUCGGGAGGUGCUGCGGCGCGGGGAUUUAGGGAGAGCUGCAUCGGCCCGGCUGAUAACUCGCCGUCAGUAGCGUGCUAAUGGGUGUGGAGCCGCCGUACGACGAUAAUCUGCCCGGUUUACGCAGUGGAACACAGAACCGUCUCUGGAAACCGGCAGCUGAAAACUACAGCUGUGACAGGAACGGCGACUGCAGGCGGCUCCACAAGGAGCGAGCCCUCGGAUGAGUUUGCAUGUAUGUGCCCUCCGCACCGUGGUGUUUUAAAUUCACAGUGUUCACAAACUGCAUUUUGUCUUUCAUGUGUGCAGCUGCCCAUGUGUGUUUGCACUCAGUGUGACGAUUAAACAGUGCCUAAAAUUGCCAUUGGUUUAUACUGAUUUAACACUGCAGCGUUUUGCAUUACACGUGUGUAUUUGCUUUCA